GCCUUCCGUAGUCGGCGAGGAUCCAUUCCCAACUCGGACGUCCAUAUUGAAACCAAGGACUUCGACAAUGGGUAUAAAUGAAGUGCUCGCGACGCUUUCCAAGGCAAAUUUUCUGAAUUAUCUUCACACAUCUUGCCCAUUUCUCAGGAUUCACUUCAACCUCAUUCUCAGUCACCAUGGCCACCGCUUCCGAACCCACACAUGCCACUUCUGACCUCGGUAAAUGGGUUGAGGAUCUUUACUACCGCAUCUUCUGCCACCCAGACGAUGAAGUCUCGGUGAGCGCCUAUGAUAAAGGUGUCGCGCAGGGCUUCACUGCGAAGAUCAACCAUGACCAAUUCUCGCGACAAAGUUUUAUUGACACCAUCACCAAAUUCCGUGUCCUCAAUGUGACGAAUAUCCUGAGCACUAAGGAUAUCCAAACUUGGGAUGCGCCGGACGGCUCCGGCGCAGGGUGUGUCGCGCAGUAUGGCCGUUUCACCGACACCAACAAGGAGACUGGCGAUGUUACUGAGACAACUACGUUGCUGGUGGCGAACAUACAGGUGAUUGAUGGGCAGAGGAUGCUGUCCGAUUUGACAGAGGUUUUGAAAGUGUCCAAGUAAGACCUGAUGUACCGAAAUCAUGUUUCAAGGGCAUCAUGCCUCCAGAGGUUUUAUCUCGCAUAUAAAUAUACAGUCCUAAGCCCGACGUCCAGACUUGAAUCCUCCAACCUUGACAACUGAGCUUUUAAAGACUACUAGUAGUAUUGGGUAACAGCACGUGUGCGGCCAAGGUAGAAUUCUUCCCUCUCUUUGAUGGCAAAAGUACAGAUGAGUUGAUACACUAUUUAUCUAUAUGACGACUUCGGAGAUAAUACGAAAGAAUGAAGAUGACAUGCCACUGCUAGCCC